ACCCCCCCCUUCCUCCUCCGCCCGCCCGCGGGGCCCCCCUCGCCUUCCCGCCCGCCCCUAUUGUUCCGCCCCCGGCCUCCCGCCCUUCCCCUUCCCGCCCGCUCCCCUUUUCCCCUCAGUCGCCUCGCGCCUGCAGUUUUUGACUUUCACCCCCACCAGUGACCAAAGACUUGACCACUCAAAGUCCAGCUCCUCAGAACACUGCUCGACAUGGACACCGGUGUGAUUGAAGGUGGAUUAAAUGUCACUCUCACCAUCCGGCUACUUAUGCAUGGAAAGGAAGUUGGCAGUAUCAUCGGGAAGAAAGGAGAAUCAGUUAAGAAGAUGCGUGAGGAGAGUGGUGCACGUAUCAACAUCUCAGAAGGGAAUUGUCCUGAGAGGAUUAUCACUUUGGCUGGACCCACUAAUGCCAUCUUCAAAGCCUUUGCUAUGAUCAUUGACAAACUGGAAGAGGACAUCAGCAGCUCUAUGACCAAUAGCACAGCUGCCAGUAGACCCCCAGUCACUCUGAGGCUGGUGGUCCCUGCUAGUCAGUGUGGCUCUCUCAUUGGGAAAGGUGGUUGCAAGAUCAAGGAAAUACGUGAGAGUACAGGGGCUCAGGUCCAGGUGGCAGGGGAUAUGCUCCCCAACUCAACUGAGCGGGCCAUCACUAUUGCUGGCAUUCCGCAGUCCAUCAUUGAGUGUGUGAAACAGAUCUGCGUGGUCAUGUUGGAGACUCUCUCCCAGUCCCCCCCGAAGGGCGUGACCAUCCCGUACCGGCCCAAGCCGUCCAGUUCUCCAGUCAUCUUUGCAGGUGGUCAGGACAGGUACAGCACAGGCAGCGACAGUGCGAGCUUUCCCCACACCACCCCGUCCAUGUGCCUCAACCCUGACCUGGAGGGACCACCUCUAGAGGCCUAUACCAUUCAAGGACAGUAUGCCAUUCCACAGCCAGAUUUGACCAAGCUGCACCAGUUGGCAAUGCAACAGUCUCAUUUUCCCAUGACGCAUGGCAACACCGGAUUCAGUGGCAUUGAAUCCAGCUCUCCAGAGGUGAAAGGCUAUUGGGCAGGUUUGGAUGCAUCUGCUCAGACUACUUCUCAUGAACUCACCAUUCCAAACGAUUUGAUUGGCUGCAUAAUCGGGCGUCAAGGCGCCAAAAUCAAUGAGAUCCGUCAGAUGUCUGGGGCGCAGAUCAAAAUUGCGAACCCAGUGGAAGGAUCUACUGAUAGGCAGGUUACCAUCACUGGAUCUGCUGCCAGCAUUAGCCUGGCUCAAUAUCUAAUCAAUGUCAGUUUAGAAAACGCUAAACCCUCCUCCCAGGCAGCCUCCGUCACGAUCCCUGAUCACCUCAGCAUCAACCUCUCUCAACCCUCCACCCCUUCUUCUUCUUCUUCCUCCUCCACCACCACCCCCUCGCUCGCCACAGCGGGGACCUCCGACGCACCCUCCAGCCUCCCCAACCCUCUUCCGACCGCCCCUUGUGUCUCCAGUCUGCUUGGCAUGAAACCCAUCCCUCUCCUGGCUCUAAAUGUUGUGUCUGCUGCUAAGGGUGCCGGGGCUUCAGCUACCACCACCACCACCUCUGCCGUGCCAUGUGUAACUAACAAACUGAAAAGCGAGAAACAGAGAUUCUCUCCCUACUGAUUGCAUAUAUCUUGGGGCAUCCCCUCAAGUAUUUUUUGGUUUUGUUUUUGUUUUCCCUUUGUUAACAUUGGUGAGAACCAAACUAUUGUGAGCUUGUGACCGUUUCCUUUUUACUGUUUUGGGGGAUAACAGGGUGGGGGCCGGGGCAAUGGUAAACUGUUUAGGUUUAGGCCGUUUCUGCUUGAGUGCCUGUUUCAGAGUCUGACUUGUUGAAUUCUUAUCUAGAGCCACAGUUCUUGCUCUUCUUUCUCAUUGUUACAUUUUGUAGCUUUAUUCUGCCUUGCAAUAUAACAAUGUUUUAGGCUCUGUGUUAAUGAAUAAAAGCUUCUCCAUUAACCUUUUUUUUUUUUUCAUGGUUAU